AUGUUUGCGGGCAAAGGAAAGGUAGCAGCACUGCCAUUGCAACCUAUUCAAGUAGAAAAGCCCUUCAUGAAGUGGGGUUUGGACUUCAUUGGAUUCAUAAAUCCACCUUCAAGUGCUAGCCAUAAGUGGGUUCUCUUAGCCACUGAUUAUUUUACUAAGUGGACUAAGGCUAUGGCACUCAAAGAAGCAAAUGAGAUAACUGGACAAGAAUAUAUGAUUGGGAUUAUAGAUUGUGUUUACCUCAACACUUCAUCUAAUUAUUAUCCUGAAGGUAAUGGAAAAGUUGAGUCCACAAAGAAGAACCUGUUAAGGAUCAUUAAAAGGACCAUGGAAGGAAAUCAGAGAGCUUGGCAUACUAAGAUGAAAUCAACCUUAUGGGUUGAUAGGAUCACACCAAAGAGGUCCACUGGAACAUCACCAUACAUGCUUGUGUAUGGGAAAGAAGUAAGGUUACCAAUUUCACUUGAGCUUCCAGCAUUAGAUCUAGCUAAUCACCUGGAUAUGAUUGAAGAAGAGCCUAUGACAGGAAGAUUGGCUUAG